GAGAAUAGAGAGAGAGGAGGUAUAGCCCCAGCCGGGAGAGCUACGAGCUAGACGAGGCAGCCAAGCUUUAGAAGGGGUUCAGUGGGAAAAUGGCGGUGUUGGCUGACGGUGUUCAGUAUGGGCUCUCGGCGCACGGCCUUUCCAGCGAGAACAAAUCGCUGGUUUUCGUGAAGCUCACCGAUUCGUCGUUCAAAGCCAUUGAGGAAUAUCUGAGGAUUAAGCUGAAGACGGCACAACAUCCCAGCAUACAAUUCCUCGGCAAUGAAGGGCGGCUGUGGUUUCCGAGCGCAGAGGAGGGUCGCGGAUCGGCGUUCAGUUUCAACCUGUCGUCGUCGUCAGUGGCUGGCGGACCUCAGGGCAGUUUCGAAUGUGUCCAACAAUGCGGCUCCAGGUCGCUGGAAUCGCUCGGUGGCAUGGCCCUCAAAAUGAACAUCAAAGCCAAAGAUGAUGUCUAUGAAGCCACGCGGCAACGGAUGGCCGUCGCCGAAGAAGAGAGCAAGAAAAACUGUACUCGUGUGAUAAAACUCGCCUGUGGCCCUGAUAUUGGUCGCGUAGUCAAAAUCAGGAAGCAAGCCGCCGCCGUCUUUCCGCCGCGGAGAGAUCGAGGCGACACGUCGCCGCCAACCUCCGCGGCCCAGCCGACGUCACAGCAUCAUCACCACCGGGGUGGAUCGUUGUCGUCGACGUCUUCUUUAACCUCGUCCUCCUCAUCUUCCCUUUACCCGUCGUCCACUCAUCACAGCAGUAGCCAUAUACAGCAGUCGCAACAGAACGGAAGCAAUGCCGGCGGAGGGGCUGGUGGAAUCGGACGGAGUAGUACGUCAUCGCCGUCGCUGGGCGGCCGGACUACCAGCAAUGCCAUCAGUCCCCUGCCGAGAUCCGCCGCCUCGCCCUCCUACACCACUGCCUCCUCCAUUUCGUCCAACCCGUCAAUGACAUCGUCAUCUUCCACGUUGAAAGACGGAUACUCCAAUGGCGGUUCGGGUUCGAUGGUGGAAGCCAAUCCGGAAUUGAUGAGGCGGCCUCUUCGUGAGAGAAUCAUUCACCUUUUAGCCAUUCGAUCUUACAAGAAACCUGAGCUCGUUAAUCGAUUACACAGAGAGGGUCUCAAGGAGAAGGAUAAGAAGCUGAUCAUGCCCGUCUUGUCUGCCAUCGGCCUCAUGAAGGAUCAGGCCUACCACCUAGCCAGGCAUGUCUGGAACGACGUUCACGACGACUGGCCAUUCUACACGGACCAGGAGAAGCAGAUCCUCAAAAGACGGAAGCCGCAGAACUUGACGCCGCCAGUGAGUGAUUCGAGUAGCGGCAGUGGCCAUUCGCCACCAUCGAGCAGCUUGCAUUCGAAUGGCUCUCCAGUUGGAUCGUCUAUUCACAAAACAAGUGCCAGUCCAAGUCCAAGCGGUGGUGGCGGUAGCGUUGAAAAACGAGAGAGAGGCGAAAAACGGCCAAGUCAGCAAGUCUUGGCCGGUCUCGAUGGGCUUGACGCUGCCGCUGUGGAAGCGGCCGCCCAGGCAGCCAAGAAGCAGAGGAUCUCGCACUAUAAGAAACCCGAUUCGAGUCAAUCGACGCAUCAUCACUCGUCCGUGCCCGAUUUUCGGAACGCUCAACAACAACAGGUGGCACCCGCUAGGAGUUCUUCCUCGUCUUCUCUGAAAGUGCGUCCGUCUCCGCCCAGCCAUCACCAACAGCAGCAGCAACAACAACAGCAACACCAUCAUGAUAACAACAAGGACAACCACCAUCACCAGCAGCAGCAGCCACCGCAGCUGCCGCCAGCUCAUCAGCAACAACAACAUUACAACAACAACCACCAGCACAACCACCAUCGAUCGGAGAAUCAGAACCAUUAUCGACCUGGAAGCCUUAAGUUGUCGACUUCGUCGUCGACCCAACCGACGACGGUCGUCUCGACGCGGGUCACGUCGUCCACCGAUGGGCCCGACACGCCCAACUCGAGUCCGGACAGCAUGUCGGCCGAGCACAUGACGGACACGGCCGACGUUGUGGCCCUGUCGGCUUCGACGACGGAACCCGAACCGGAGCCUUACACGCUCCAGUACCGCACGAUCGUGUCUGGCGAGCAGCGCAGUCGCUACAAGGAAGAUUUCAACUCGCAGUACAACGAGUACCGCAACCUGCACAAGGCCAUCGACAAAGUCUCCAAGCGUUUUGCCCAGCUGGAAGAAGAGCUCAGGCAGCAGCACGAAGGCACGACAGCUUGGCAGCGUAUCAAAAGUCAAAUCGUCCGCGAAUACAAGGAGAAUUUGCGGGACGCCAAGUACCGGGAAGCGAAGCGACGGUUUCAGCACCUGCACGAGAAAUUGGCUCACAUCAAACGGCUCGUGCUGGAAUGGGACACGACUCAGACCUGCCGCUCCUGACCCCCCUAGUUUUCUUUCUUUUUUUUUUUUUUUUUUUGUUUCGUGUACGAUCGUCCUCUUAUCUCUCUUUAUUUGAUGGUGGCGAUUUAGUCAAUCCCGCUCCUCUACCGCCCUCUCCCUCUGAUUAUGAUUCCAAUCGAAAAAAAAAAUUCUCUCUCUUUUUUUUUUUUUUCAUCUCCUCCUCCACCUACACUCUUUAUCAAUUACCCGAAAUUUUUUUAAAAAGGAAUUUUCCUUAACCCCCCCCCUCCCGCUCUUACACAAUCUCUCUCAAAAGGCCGUGGCUCAACAGAUUGUCGGUAAAGAAAAGAAGUUUGUUCAUAUUUAAGUAAAAGACAACAAACGUACACACACACACACACACAUACAUAAUAGCAAAAAAAAAAAGAAAAAACCCAAUUUAAAAAAAAAAAGAUAAAUAAUUUAGCUAAAUUUUUUUUUUGUUUUGCUCACUUGUAAAUCAUCGCAAUGCGUGUGAUGGUGGAGCCCUUAUUAUUAUUUCUCUUUGUUGUUUUCGUGGUUUUGCGAAAUGAGGUGGGGGUUCAAGCGGUGCACUCUGUCGUUAAACUGCGACGGAUUCACUAUUUAAAAAAUAAGAGAGAAAAUCCGAUAAAAAAAUAAGGAACGUUUUCUAAUCAUCACGUCAACCGCGAAUAUCGAUAGCGUAAUACCCAGGAUGUAAGGAAACAAGGGAUAGGUGUGUGUGUGUGUGUGUGUGUGUGUGUGUUUGUUCGUUCAUAUUAUUUUUUUUUUCCAUCUGUCGCCCUAUCUGCGAAAGAUAUAAGCAAGCGCGUUUGUUGUGUAUGUAGCUUAGAAUCGAGUACCCAUUUAAAUUGUUGGCUGCGUAUUGUUGAUAUCCACCUCUCCUCAUAUCCCAUAUAAUAGCUUGAUUUCUCUCUCUCCCUGAUAUUUCUUCUGAUUCAUUUCUAAGGGGAGGUUGUUGUCGGGGUAGUACGUUACAGUACCUUAUAUUAUUUUUCCAAAACGAAAUGAAGGAAAUUCCUCGCAAUGGGAUGGAAUUUAUUCUUUUUUUUUUUUUUUUUUUUGAGAAUUGAAAGCUUUCAUUUUUCUUUUUUGCUCGCUGUGUCCAAAGUCGAUAUAGAUGAGGCGGUCGCCAUUAUUCUUUUUUUUCUCUCUUCUUUUCCUAUCUUUUUAUUUUAUUAUUAUUUUUUUUUUUUACCUUCUUCUUCAUCGACAGCAAAAAAAAACAGAAACUGAGGGGAAAAUACUGUCGUUCCCUUCUCUCCUUUUUGUCCUAAACACACAGCCAGACAUACACACACACAGACCUUUACGAGGGAGUAAUAGUACUUUUGUUUGGGUUUCAUUCUUCUGUUUUUUUUUUUUUGGCUUUCACGUCGCGUUUACACUUUUUGUCUUUCAUUCGCGCACUACAACAACAACAAAAAACACAAAAAAAAAAAAACCUUUUCCACCAAAAUUGCUGGUCCGCCGCUCUUUUUUUUUCCUUCGGUUUCUGGACCUCUUCUCAUUUCCUGCCCCUCUCCCGUUUUGAAAAAGCCCUCUUUAGGUCUAGCCACAUAUAAUUCCAAUUUCGACGUGCCCUCAUCCCCUUGCCAGGUGAUAUAUAGACAUACCCCCCCUACUCUCCCUCCCCUUCACUCCUCAUGUUUUCGUUCAAGAGAGACUUAACUUGCAACGCAACUACUACCAUCCCCCCCCCCACCAAAACGAUUCCGACAUCAUCCAUUCGGAUGGCUAUUUAAAACAGAAAAAAGCCGGGCAAUUUCUGAAUUUUUCUUUCAAUGUUUUUUUUUUUUCGAAAAUUUGUUCUCUCUUUAUUUUGAAGGGAGAAGUUUGAAGAAAAAAAAAAAGGAAAAAUUUCGUUUGUUUUUUUGGGGGGAAAAUCGAAAGAAAAAGUCCGUUUUUGGGAUUUAGUUAAAGACAAGAGAUCAGUUAUUAUUAUAUACAGAAUAUCUGGGUAUUCCCUUUUUUUUUCGUGUGUCUGGGACGGGAUUUUUCUUUUCUUUCCCUUUUUUUUUUUCAAGUCCUUCUCUCCCGUUUGUUGGCUUGUUUUCUUCUUUUGCCGGAAAUCAAUAAAGAUUACCCCCGGAAGAUGAUGCAAAAAAUGUAAGGGAGGAGGGUUCUGUUCGAAUGCGGGGCAAAAUAUGAAAACAAAAAAAAAAAAAAAUGCAUGCCUAGAAAAAUCUUAUCACUUUUAAUCCGCCGCCGGAUGUUAAAUGAUGUGGCCUUGUUCGAUCGGAUUUAAAUUCGCGCCCUUAUUAUUAUUUUUUGUUUCUUUUCUGUUUCCAACGAGAAAGUUUCUAGACCAUAAUGGAGGCCGGUGUGUGACGAAUUCUUUCCGACAAGAAACAAAAAUCGGGUAGAGGAGGAAAAAAGAAAAAAUACGAAACAAACCCAAACGUUUUCUCCCGUUCUCUCUCGCUUAUUGUCUUUUUUUUUUUCUUUCUUUCGAGGCUGCUAAGUCAGCAGGGAGAGGAAAAAAAAAAGGGGAAAAAAAAGGAUAAUUAAAAAACGAUUAUUUUCUCUCGUCGGCUGAUGUUUAUUUCUGUAAUUUUCUCCCUCCGCCAUUCUCUCUCGACU